UAUUUUAGCUCACUUUUAAUGAAACGAAGGCAUGCCUUUUUAAAAAGAAAAUAUCCGGUACUCCCAGAGAAGAUUAUUUAGCUCACAUUGACGAAUGUAACAGAGAAUCAGUAAAACAAUCUAAAAGUUGUUUAGCAGAGUCGCAACGCUAUUUCCCGGAUUUAUUAUUAAUGUAUUAUAAAUCUAUCAUCAACUUUAGGUAUGAAAAUUACGACAUUAUAAAUGAUGACUGCUUUUCUAAAUUCAGGAAUACGAAAGUACAAACUGACUAUUAUCAAUGUCUCAAGGAAGGUGUUAUUCGUAUUGGCGAUUCCCCUCGAAUACCCGACACUAAGGAGGUAUUUUGUCAGAAAAUCGUAGAAACACCUUCCUGUUUCAUGAAUUUUAUAAAGGAAAAUUGCAACAAUACAGCUGCAGUUAAAAAAGUUGUAAAAGAUUAUAUCGUAGUUGUCAAGAAUGUUUGCAAAACAAAUAAAGCCGUACAAUGUGGCACAUUUAAACCAUUUCUCAUAGUUACACUUAUAUAUUUAAUAAAGCUUUUAUUUUAGCAAAAACUAUCUAUAUACUUCAUAUGUCUGUAUCAAAGUGUUUGACAUUUUAAUAAUCCUACACAAAAUAUAUUACAUAAAUGAUGAACAAAUGUAUAUUGU